CUAAAUGCCUUUGUUUAUCUUGUUUCAAGCUGCAAAAAUUUAUUAUUUUCAAAUUGCUUGCAGAUUAUUGAUGUCAUAGAUUAAUCGCUUUAAUUGGUUUAUGCAGCAAUCCUUGUUUCUCUCUCACCUUAGCCAAUUUCUUUGUGAAGAUAUCUGAAAUGGCAGUUGCUUCUUUUAGUCAGUGAUUGUUAUUGGCAAUUCGAUUGACAUAUAUGACAUCUUUAGACUUCUAGAAGUUAGUAAGCAGGAGAAAUGCUUGCAAGAUAAAAUGAUUAACUGGAGGAAUCGAGACGUUGGCCCUUAGAAAUUACUAUUUAUAUAAUAAAAAUAUUGAGGAGGUAUAGGAGGACACUUAUUGCUCCAAAGCACCUGGCCAUGCUAGGAACCAUUGCCAAAGUAGGACCUAGAAAAAGGCCCCAAAUAGAUAGGUUAAUGCUUGUAUUUACAACCAUAGAGGACAAUAAACAUCCUAGCAACCAUCCUAGCAACACAUUAGAUGUAAUUUGGUCCUAUAGUUCCAAGUUGAGCUCAUAUUCUAGCCGACAUCUACAUAAUUCAAACAAGACAACCUUGAUUUUCUCAUAUAAAUGUUGGUGAUAUCCAACAAAUUGAUCCCUGGAAGGAUGAAUUAUUGUCGUGACUGUCCAUGCUUGCUCUUUCUUUACUCUUCUUUUCCCUUUAACUGCAAGCUUCUUAGUUCUUGGUUCUCUUAACAAAAUUGGAACCUUUUGCUGUAGAAUUACAGUUUUGUAAGAAUUUUGCUCCCAAAUGAAAAGACAGUAAACCUAGGCAAGUUCCCGCCGAAGCACCAAGUUCUUAUUUGUCAAAUUUAAGAUGAUCAUUUUUGUUUCUGAAUCAAAAUGGACUUGUGCUGGUUGAGAAAAUGGAUAACUUAUACUUGUUUGAAAAAUAUAAUCAUUUUGAGACUUGUGUUAUGCCCAAAUAUUUGCUCUUGUUGUUUCAUGCUUUAGUUGUGCACGACAGAGAUGGAAGUUCCGUAUGGUUUCUUCUUUGCUGUUGGUUCCUUGACUGGUAUGUCUCUAUCAGAAAAUAUCUUCUUAUCCUUCUUACUAUCAAAUAUUCCUUAUUCGUAACUUUUCAACCUUUAUUUCCGAUCCUUGUCCUUAUGAAGGUCUAUUUGGUCUAAAUUGUGCAUAUAUACACCAUUUGAUAUGGGUUGAUUUUCAAGUCCAGAUCAUUCGGUAUGAAAAAUGAUUAGUUUAGAUGAAUUAUGUCAAGAUUGGAUUACAUACAAAUACUUCAAUAUCCUUGAAAAUCGAACCUAGCGCAGUAUAUUAUGGAUAACAAAUAUUCAUAAUGUGUCAAUACAAUAUCUAGUUCUAGCAUGUAGGUAUCGAGUGCCAAGCAAGAGCACACCAGGACUGUAGAAGUAUUUGUAGUAAUAUCUGGACUAUAUGGUCUUUAAGUGUCUCAAAAAUUAUAAAUGUUUAUUUUGCAGUGCAGUAGAAGAAGAUGAUUUGUUGGCUGUGUUACAUAUUUUCUUAAGGUGCUGUAUAUUCUCCUUCUAUUGUCCAUUGACUGGGAUUGCAGGUUCAAAUAGCAGCCCUUCAAUAAAACCUGAGUUUUGCUUUAGGCUGCUGGUACUGAAAAUGAAGUUGCACCACAAGCAUUUGAGAGAUAAGCUGAUACUAUAUAGAGUGGGACAAUGGGUAGACUGUUGAUGUUGCAUAAAUUUGAAUGUUAUGCAGAAUAAAAGUUUGAGCAAUAAUAUGGAAGUUAAGCAAAACGAAAGUUACAGUAGACAAAACUAGCUCAGGCAUCUGAACUUACACAACAGUCGGUACAUUCUUAGAGAAUCGUCUAGGUUGGAUUGGUUAUAUGAAGGCCAAAGAUGGCCAUAAAGGCAGAUGAUGAAAGAAAUUCCUUGAUCAAAGUUUUGAGGAAGGAUUUGCAGAGGCUUAACUUGGGAAAUGUACUGUCUUUGAUGUACCUGCAUGUAAAAAAAAAAAUCGUAAAGCUGACUCUCAGUAAGUGGGGAAGAAAUUUUAUGAUGUGAAGUGAAUGAUUGGUUUUAUUUCUCAAACACAAUUUGCCAUCUUUAACUUUGAUUGAGCGUACAUUUGCAUCAGAAUGCUUCAUUUUUUUUUCUCUCUAAUACUUGAGCUUGAUUUAUCCUAUGUGAAUAGGUAUGACUUUGCCAAUUAAUGCAAUUUUCGAAACUCACAGCCUGAAAUAUUCCUAAACCCAUUUCCUCUACUAAGCUUAUUUGGUGAAGCUACUCUCUCUACUCUUGCAAUUGACAUGGUUUAUAAUCUUGAAUAAUUUUUUUUUGAUUAUCCAUUUUAUAUUUUUCCUUUCAUCUUCUGCUAAGGUCCGUUUAAAGAAAUAAAUCAAAUUAAAUUUUCUUUUUUAAAUAUCUUCCAGAGGUUUUAUGAGCAUGGAGGUGAGGCACAAGUUACACCAGAUGCACCUUUAAAGCCAUCAAUGGAUAUCUUCUCUCUGGGAUACAAGAUGCUGGGAUCCGGAAGAUGAUACUUCACAUGAUUCAGUUAGACCCAGAAUCAAGGCUGUCAUGUGAAAGCUAUUUGCAAAGUUAUGCAUCUGCUAUAUUCCCAAGUUAUUUCUCACCGUUCCUGCAUGGAUUCUUUUCCUGGUUGAUUCCUCUUGAUUCAGAUUCAAGGGUUGCAGUGACGCAGAAUGCUUUCCACAAGAUACUUGAGUACAUGACAAGCAGUAGAUCAACUGAGGAAAUUGUUUCCGAGUCGUCCACAGGUCCCAAACUAAUGAAUAAUGAACCUUUUCAGCAGAUGGAAGGUGGGAGAAGAAGCAUGAGUUCAACAAGGGGCUCUGUUAAGAAUAAAGGAGAGUUAGAAGAAGGCCUAGCUUGCGACCAGCUUGUUGGAGAUAUCACUUCUCUUCUCAGGGGAGUAGAACAAGGAUACCAUCAUUCACAUACAAAGGCUACAGAGGAAGGUGUACCAUGUGCUGUUGCAAACUGCUCCGAUACAGUCUCUGCUUUGUCUUCACAACAAUUAAAGCACUCAAGGCAGCAAAAUUUAAGUGAUUCCAAGGGGUACAGGGAGCGAGAAACACCGCUUUUGAGAAAAAUUCUGAAAAGCGACUUGAAUUCUUUAAUGGCUGGAUACGAUAGUCAGUCGGAUACAUAUGGAAUGCCCUUUUUUCCAAGAACAGAAUGUCAAAUGAGAUGUGAAGGUAUGGUCCUAAUUGCGUCCUUACUUUGCUCGUGCAUACGAAGUGUCAAGCAGCCACAGCUGAGAAGAGGGGGUAUACUUCUGCUAAAGGCAUCUUCCCUAUACAUUGAUGAUGAAGAUCGCUUGCAACAUAUACUUCCCUAUGUUAUUGCAAUGCUUUCCGAUCCUGCAGCAAUUGUGCGUAGUGCUGCUGUGGAAACAUUAUGUGAUAUUUUGCCUCUUGUCCGAGAUUUCCCUCCUAGUGAUGCAAUGAUAUUUCCUGAGUAUAUCCUUCCAAUGCUAUCAAUGCUUCCUGAUGAUCCAGAGGAAAGUGUUCGGAUUUGUUAUGCUAGCAACAUAUUUAAAAUUGCUCUAACGGCUUACAGAUUCUUAAUUCAAUCUUGGAGUUUAGCUGAUGUAGGAUCUGUUGAUAAAUCCAGUCUAACUCAUAAGCCACAAUCUCUUGCUACAGAAUCACCAAGAAAAAAGCAUAGUGACAAAAAUGACACUCAACUUUCACAGUUGAGGAAAUCUGUAGCUGAAAUUGUGCAAGAACUAGUGAUGGGACCAAAACAAACUCCAAAUAUACGUCGAGCUCUCCUGCAGGAUAUUGGUCAUUUAUGUUACUUCUUUGGUCAUAGGCAAAGUAAUGACUUCUUGCUGCCCAUUCUCCCAGCAUUUCUUAAUGAUCGAGAUGAGCAGUUGCGGGCAGUUUUUUAUGGGCAGAUAAUUUUUGUCUGCUAUUUUGUCGGUCAGAGAAGUGUGGAGGAAUAUCUUUUGCCUUAUAUUGAGCAGGCACUUAGUGACGAUAUGGAGGCUGUCAUUGUUAAUGCAUUGGAAUGCUUGUCCUUGCUGUGCAAAAGUGGUUUCCUAAGAAAGAGGAUACUUCUGGCCAUGUUUGAGAAAGCGUUUCCCUUGCUUUGUUAUCCAAUCCAGUGGGUAAGAAGGUCAGCUGUUGCUUUUAUUGCAGCGAGUUGUGAAAACUUAGGACCUGUAGAUUCUUAUGUGUACCUUUCUCCAGUUUUACGCCCUUUCUUUCACAGAGAGCCAGCUUCUUUAUCUUCUGAGGCAUCUCUCCUGUCAUGUCUUAAGCCUCCAGUCUCGAAAGUGGUUUUCUAUCAAGUUCUGGAGAAUGCAAGGAGCUCUGAUAUGUUGGAAAGACAGAGAAAGAUAUGGUAUAACUCAUCCACCUAUUCAAAUCAGUGGGAAACUAUUGAACACACUAGGAGGGUAACAGGAGAUCGGAACUCCAGGAAGAGUUCUGGUACUAAAGAAUUCAGUGCUCAAGGUGGCAGAUAUGCCAGUGGUGUGACCCAGAAUGCAUCUCUACCUGUUGGUGAAGAUGUUGCCAAAUUGAGAACAGGAAAUUCUUUCCAGAAUGCCUCUGGCACACUGGAUAUUAGAGAUUCUUUUUCUUCUGAUAAGUUGCAAUUUUCUGGCUUCAUUUCUCCACAUGUCACUUCUGGAAAUAAUUCCCUUUGCGAUGGACCAUCUGAAGGCAUACCAUUGUAUUCUGUUUGCAUGGAUAAGCGUGCAGUGGGAGCAGCAUCUGUAGGUUCUGAGUCUUCAUUGCAAUUGAAUUCUAAAGGAGUAGCUGCAUCAUGCAUGCCUUGGUUGGAGCCUGUUAACAAGCCAUUUGGGUUGUCUAAUUCAGUUCCGCCUAAGCUUGUUUCAGGCUCUUUCUUCAACAUCAGUAAGAACUCUAUGCAGGUCCCAAAACCAGUGCAAGAUUUAGAGGGUAAGGACAGCGAUCAAUCUGCUUAUGUCACCAGCAGGUUCCAGGAUGUCACAAUUGGUGAUACCUCGAAGGGCAGCUCAUCUAUGACUGGAGAUGAUACCUCACUGUCAGAUGUAACUGGGCUGCCUUCCUUUGCCAGAACAUCAUCUGUUCCAGACACAGGAUGGAAGCCUCGUGGAGUCUUAGUGGCACAUCUCCAGGAGCACCGCUCUGCUGUGAAUGACAUAGCCAUAUCAAAUGACCACACCUUUUUUGUAAGUGCCUCAGAUGACUCCACUGUGAAAAUAUGGGAUACUAGAAAGUUGGAAAAGGACAUCUCUUUCCGAUCUAGGUUAACCUAUCCACUGGAUGGCAGUCGGGCUUUAUGUACAUCGAUGCUUCGUGGUACUGCACAAGUAGUAGUUGGAGCAAGUGAUGGAACGAUGCACUUGUUCUCUGUUGAUUACAUAUCAAGAGGGUUGGGCAGUGUAAUUGAAAGGUACUCUGGCAUUGCUGAUAUUAAGAAGAAAGAGAUUGGAGAAGGUGCAAUUCUUAGCCUCUUAAACUGCUCUACUAUUGAUAGUUUUAUCAGUCAGACUGUUCUAUUCAGUACCCAACAUUGUGGAAUUCAUCUCUGGGAUACUCGGACGAAUUUAGAAGCAUGGAAAUUUAAAGCUGUACCUGAGGAGGGAUACAUCUCUUCUCUUGUGAUGAGUCAAUGUGGGAAUUGGUUUGUAUCAGGCUCGUCAAGGGGUGUGCUUACUUUGUGGGAUUUGAGGUUCCUUUUGCCUGUUAACUCAUGGCACUAUUCUUUGGCAUGCCCUGUGGAGAAAAUGUGUUUGCUAGUCCCACCAUCAAACUCCAUGUCUGCUAUGGCAAGACCAUUAGUUUACAUUGCUGCUGGCUGCAAUGAAGUUUCCCUCUGGAACGCAGAGAAUGGGACCUGCCACCAGGUAUUCAGAACAAGUGGUGAGAGUGAAGCUGAAAUGUCCAAUGUGCCUCAGGCACUUGCAAGGCCUCCUUACAAGCCUACUUGUAAACAAGAUGUCAAACGAAAUGACAACUCCAAAUAUAGAAUUGAUGAGUUGAACGAACCUGCCCCUCGUCUUCCUGGUAUCCACUCAUUGCUUCCUUUGCCUGGGGGAGAUCUGUUGACCGGAGGAACAGACUUGAAGAUUCGCUAUUGGGACCAUACCAGCCCUGAUCGAAGUUACUGCAUCUGUGGUCCAUCAACAAAGGGCAUCGGGAAUGAUGAGCACUACGAUAUAAGAUCUAGUUUCGGGGUUCAAGUUGUGCAGGAGUCGCAUAAACGUCCUGGGGCACCUAAAUUGACUCAGAAGGCUCUCCUUGCUGCGGCUGCCACUGACUCUGCUGGCUGUCACCGUGACUCUGUGCUCUCAUUGGCCUCUGUCAAGUUAAACCAAAGGCUGUUGAUAUCCAGUAGCAGAGAUGGUGCUAUUAAGGUUUGGAAAUAGAGAAAAUACCCACGCCUGCAAAUUUUCAUUUGUACAUAUGUAGUUGAAUCAAAUGAAAAUAUGGAAUCUUCCAAUGUAAAAUUGCAUAAGUAAUUUAUUGUAUAGUUUUUCUUUCACAGUUUUUAGUCGUUCUUUAUUUUCCUUGAUAUACAAGACAAAUUAUUUUUAUCAGCUUAAUGUUUGAAAUAGAUAAAGCGGAUGAGAGACUGGA